GAGGUGACCAUGGACGUGGGCGCCGACGAGUUUGAGCAGAGCCUCCCGCUGCUGCAGGAGCUGGUCCUGGGCGCGGACUUCGUGGGUCUGGACAUAGAGUUCACUGGGCUUCGCUCGAACCUGUCGCAGCCGCAGCAGAUCAGCCUUUUUGACCUGCCCUCGGAGUGGUACCUGAAGACGCGGCAGAGCAUCCAGCAGUUCACAAUCUGUCAGAUCGGGUUGUCGGUGUUCUCCAGCGUCGAAGGAGAGACCAACAAGUAUGUAGCUCACUCCUGUAACUUCUUUCUCUUCCCUACGACAUUUGGGACUUUGGAUUCGGAAUUCUCCUUCCAGGCGUCCAGCGUGCAGUUCCUGAAUCAGUACGGCUUCGACUACAACAAGUUUCUCAAAAAGGGCAUCCCCUACAUGAACGAGGAGCAGGAGAAGAAGAUGAAGCACAGCAUCCUGACCGGGAACUGGCGGGUGCGCAGUUCUCUGGAUAAAGACCAAAUCAAGGUGGUGAUUGACGAGGUGACGCGGUGGCUGGACCUGGCGGAGGAAGGCGACUGGAUGACCCUCCCGGGGAUCUCGGGCUUCCAGGCCUUUGAGGUCCAGCUGGUGCUGAGGCAGGCUCUCCCCGAGAUCUGGACUAUGCUGAAAGAGAAAGGGGUGAUAGUGAAGAAAGUGAGUAAGCAGCAUCGCUGGUACCUGGAGAAUGCCUCCUGUGACCGGGAGAGCUGCUGGAAGGAGAAGAUUCUUCUCUCUGCAAGGGGUUUUUCUGUGUUUUUCCAGAUGCUGGUGAAAGCCCAAAAGCCGUUAGUGGGACACAACAUGAUGAUGGAUCUGCUGCACCUGCAUGAGAAGUUCUACAGACCUCUCCCAGAAAGCUACGAUGAGUUUAAACUGAAUAUCCACAACCUUUUUCCUGUUCUCAUCGAUACCAAGAAUGUGACAAAGGAUAUCUGGAAGGACCUGAAUUUCCCCAGGGUCUCCAGUCUUACAGAGGUUUAUGAAGUCCUGAACAGCAGCUUGAAUCCCACCAAGAACUCGGGGCCAGAGAUCAUCCACGCCAGAAAGUGCGAGAAGUACGUGGAGACAAAGUACCCCCACGAAGCAGCCUACGACGCCUUCCUGUGCGGCUCAGUUCUCUUGAAAGUGGCGCACUUGCUGCUGUGGAGAGUGCACGGCUCCGCGUCCAUCCCCGAGCUCUCCUUCCCUCUGUACCUCAGUGUGCUGGCUCCCUACCUGAACCAGGUGAAUCUGAUCCGAGCUGGGGUCCCCAAGAUUAACUUCUCUGGUCCGGACUCCCCCAGCAUUCGGCCUCCCAUCCUCAUCCUCAGCGUCCGGAGGUGGCCAGGCGUCAGCGAGCAGCAGGUCUACCGCGAGUUCCAGAACCUCUGCAAGUUCGAUGUCCGGAGGCUGACGCGGAGCCAGUUCCUGCUCUUGACCAACAAGUUCAAGGACGCCCGGAGCAUCUUGAAGGAGUACCGGGGCCACCCCACGCUGCAGGUGUCCCUGUACCGCUACUGGAGACACUGCCCCGACGUCAACUGCCUGCUGCAGGUCUGUGGUGUGGUCAUCACCUGGGCCCUCGUCACCUUUCUGCUGGGACGACCGCGGUCCUGAAGGUGGACAGGCACCUCGGCCCACCCUGCCCCUCCCCUCCAGGCGCCCCGGCCCACCCUACCCUCUCCCCUCCAGGCCCCUGCCGGUCCUGCUGGGUUGGGUUUGUGGGAAUCACACGCCACCUGCAGAUGCAGCUGCCCGGGCCCCACAGGGAAUGUUUUUGUUUUGAAAGUGAAAUUCUGUCAGUAUCGUCAACCAUAAAGAAGUCUUUGGAGAUGCUUUCGUGUG